AUGGCCACGGUGACAACAGCCUCUCUCCGUCUUGCCUGGCUGCCAGACCUUAGACCUGGUGUCAGGUCUAAGGUUCACCGAUCUCGGCCUGCCUCUCUCACCUUUGACACCGCUCCCGGAGCCGCUGCUUUCGCUUUUAGCUGCUGCGGGCACGGAGGGGCUGGGACGCACGGAUGGGGCCGUCACCCUGUCACCCCUGACACACGGACUGCAGCCCCGGCGGCACAGCGAGCCUUCGGGAAGUUGGGAUUUCUGUAUCCCCUGGUAACCCUGGAUUAAGUGAACUUUUUGAGUGGCCGCUCUCUUAUUUAAACCAGAGUUUAAGAAGGUAGGAGGAGGCUCCCAAAAGCAGAGGAGAACUUUGAGCUGAAUGCUGGGAGUUGACUGGAGAGGUGGGAAGGGAGCCUCACCCUCUGCCUCAACAUGGGGAAAAAAAAAUGUUUCAAUAAGCUUUGGCAAAACUCAUUGCAGUAAAUCUCAGGACAUGGCACAGACAGCGACCCUGGGCACCUCCCCGGAGGUGCCCCGUCCCUCCUACAUGUACAAGCUGGUGCUGCUGGGCAGCAUGUCCGUGGGCAAGUCCAGCCUGGCCUACAGAUACGUGAAGAACGACUUCAGGGAGCUGCUGCCCACCGUGGGAUGCUCCUUCUUCACACAGAUACUGGACCUGGAAGAGGCCACUGUCAAGUUUGAGAUCUGGGACACGGCGGGCCAGGAGAAGUACCAGAGUGUCUGUCACCUCUACUACCGGGAUGCCCACGCUGCCCUCCUCGUUUAUGACAUUGCUAAAAAGCAAUCAUUCAGCAGAGCAAAGCUGUGGCUGGAGGAGCUGGAGAAGAAAUUCCUGCCUGAUGAAAUCGUGAUUGCUCUGGUGGGCAACAAGACAGACCUUGCUGCUGAGCGAGAGGUCACCACGGAGGAGGGGGAAGACUUUGCACGAACAAAAGGCCUCCUGUUCAUGGAGACAUCUGCAAAAUCCAACCAUCAAGUGAAUGAUGUCUUCAUGUCUGUAGUCCAAGAGCUCCUGAGGAGGGAAAAAGAGAAGGCACCCAGGCCAUCCCCACAUGGGAGGUCGACCGUGGACCUGAGUGCGAGCGGGGCGAGGACGAGGACGAGGUGCUGCCGGAGCUGAGGACGUGGCACUGCACUCAGCAGGGCUGCAGCCCACCUCCAGCAGGGACAGUGACAGAGCAGGGGGCUCAGAGCUGCAGGGACCGCUCAGCCUGACCACCCUGCCUCUCAAAGCCCAUUCAGAGCCCUCCUGGGUACACGGGGCCUCUUCAAACCUUUAGCUCCAUCCUUAGCUGGGAGAUAAAGCACAGCCUGCCAGGAACACUGCCACCAACCCUCACUGGUGACACCCCCAACCCCCAGCUGUCACCUCCUCCAUCUCCCUUUCCCUCUGAAAAGGGAGGGUUUAAUUUCUCAAAGCAAAGAUCCCCAUGGUUUUACACCCAGGCUGCAAAUAAAGAGAAUA